AUGCCGAGGUCGUCCAAGAGUUCGGGCGCCGACGAUCCCAACUUUCGCUUACCCGUCAACCCGCGGCGGAAAAAGGUCGCGCCCGAGCAACGCAAGCGCGUGGCCCUCGCCUGCAACAACUGCAAUGUCAAGCGCAUCAAGUGCUCGGGCGAGAAGCCGUGUCGCCAGUGCACCCAGGCCCAGCGCCAAUGCAUCUACCCCCAGGGCGUUAAAAAGGUCACCGUCCCCCAGACUUACAUUGACGGGCUGCUCGGCAAGAUAGCCAAAUACGAGAGUCAACUCCAGAUCACCAGCAAAGCGGCUAGCGGCAAUGGCAAUGGUAACAGCAAGAUCGACCUCAGCGGCUUGCUUCAGCCGUUGCAGGCUGUCCAGGAAGGGGAUCAGGGCGGCAUGAGCAUCGACUCGCCAGACGGCGUAGGGGCCGCCGGCCAGGCCUAUCUCACCGAAGGCUCGGUCACGUCCACGACGUCGCACUAUGACUACCCUGUCCAUGCACACAACCACAACUUUGAGCCCGCCUUCUCCAUCGAUGAGGACACGGAGAUGCAGAUGGACUACCCCGUCGACGACGGCAGAAUGCUGGCCGAUGCUGAGGGUACCGCUCGCUACCUUGGAGAAACCUCUGGCGCCACCUUCCUUGAUUCGCUCAAGGCCUUCAUCAAGACGACGCAGCCGCUGGCCUCCAAAGGUCUCUCUCCCAACCCUGAGACGCCCGACGGCAGCAGGAAUGCAACCUUCCUCAAUUCGGUUGGUCGCUACCAGACGUUCGAUUCCCGUCCUCUCCUGCUUCCGACCAUGGACGUGGAGCCGCGCAUCCCCACGCAGCUGGAAAUCCAGGCCAUGAUCACGCAGUUCAAGACCUUUCUCCAGGACGACAACGGCAAGGCAGGGUGCGGCGGCAUUUUUUUCUGGCCAUUCCAGGACCCCGCCAAGAUGGCGCUACCGGACCAGUCCGGUUUUGGCACUGGCUUCAAGCUGGACACCACUAAACCGCGGAACCACACCGCUCGGGAGCACGGCCAACUGGCAUUGGUCUACACAGCCUUUGCCUUUACCCAUCUUCUGACCCUGACCGAGGAGAAUUCCCGGGUGGAUGGCCAAUUGGGCGAAGCCCACUAUGCGGCGGCUAGGAUGCUGAUCGGAAACCCCCUGGACAUGACGUCCUACACAAUUUACAACGUGGCCGUUUUGGCCCUGAUGGCCCUGUACCUGGUGGAGAACAAUCGCCGAGAUGCCGCCUACAUGGCCAUCAGCAACGCCAUGCAUCUCAGCGUGAUGCACGGCGUGCACAGGGAAAGUUCAGUCACCGAGGUCGAGCGUAGGACUUUCUGGACGGUUUACAACAUCGAUCGCUGGCUGAGCUGCUUGAUGGGUCGCCCACCCGCGGUCCCUCAUCAGGCCAUUACCCUGUCCCUGCCACAGGAAGCACCGGGCCUUCCUUCGCCGCUUGGGCUGUGUGCACAUGUGGAACUGUCCAAGAUUUCCGCGUACAUCGUCAACAACAGCUAUCGUCAUCAUGCGAACAAGCCGGCCGACGGGUUCGAUGAGCUGCCCUUUUCGGUCGCAAUUGGGAAGCUUGACCAAUGGCAUGAGAACCUGCCCAAGAGCUUGAAGCUCGAGAAUUUGGAGGAGAGUCCCAGCAACUAUUACUACUAUGCACUCCAACCCGAAGCCGAGGACCCGGCACUCGGUACCGACCGGGCUUUGUUGUCACUGCACAUGGCUUACAAUCAGCUCAUCAUCUUGGCAAUCCGUCCCGCGUUCCUCACCGCCGUUAAGAAGAAGGUAGCCAAUACCUGGUUGACACCUGGGCUUGAGGGCCCUGGAGCGGAACCGGAGAAUCCUUGGACCCGAGCCAUUCGCAAGUGCAGCGAUGCCGCACGGCGCAACCUCCGCAUCGGCAGACGACUACAAAUCAUCAGCCCCGGCCAGAAGCUGCUCGUGCAGGACCUCCAUCACAUCUUCAAUGCUGCCAUCAUCCUUCUGAUGCAUCAAAUCCUCUUUGUCAACCAAAGAGUGUACGACAUGUUCCUCAUUGACAAGGCAAAGGAGGUGUUCAAGAAUGAGGCGAUGACGGGCAGUGACUAUGGGAAGGACUGUCACAACGUCCUCAACGAUCUGAAGCCCUUGGUCGAUAAGCUGCACGAAGUAAUUCACCGCAAGGAGCAUGAGCAGCUGUCUGUCCCCACGGAGAAGCAGCAGAGCGGAUCGGUGCAUAGCCCUGUGAACAGAGAGACCACACCGGGUGCCCUCUCGGGUCCGAUAACGGGCUCUCCGACGAAGCCGUAUCCCAGCCAUGUGCAAGGUUGGUUACAGAAUGUGAGACCUGAAGACGGUACCACGGUUGUUCAGGAGCUCAAGACAUGGCAGGAUGAUGACGGUAUGCAGGUAUAUAGACCGGGCAAUUCGCUUGCCUAAGACCAUGUUAUGUUGUUGGUUCUCUCGUGUCAUCCUUCUUGUCUUUGGCGUUUGGAAGUUCCCAUGUGUUGGACACCACGGAUGCACUUGCUUGUUAGGAGUCUCAUGAUACAAAUUGCACGGCAGGCAUUGGCACUAGCGAUUAUACCCCUUUACUUGAUAGAAUUAGCGUUAAAUUUGUUAGACCUUAAAGCAUCCUUUGCCUUCUUCGAUGACAC